AUGUACAUACUACUACAUACGCCAUAUACAUAAACACUGAUAUACGCAGCAUUAUUAAAGAAGAUUUUGCCAUAAAUUGUUGAGUGAGAAAAGCUCACGAAAUUAAUUACUAUUUGGAACUAAAAUUGCUGAAAAAGAGGGAACCAGUUUUUAUUCGUGACUUUUUAAUCAGCAUCACCAAAAGAUGAGACGACUUAUGUAUUAACCUUGUCCACCACAAUUCAUACCUAAAACCAGAUCCAUCCAUUGUCUGAAUUUACAUUGUGCAAAGGUGAGGAUCGAGAUGCUGCUGCUUGCUGACGACUCCAUAAUUGCUUAAAGCACGUAAUUUAGAUGUAUGUAUGCGAAGAAAGAGUUUACUAUUAAUUGUUUCAGCAGAAGACUUGGUUUAUAUGUAAAUUAUCACGGUUUAAGAAGCAAUAAAAUCCAUUUUAAACAGUGUAAUUAAUUGUAGAAUCUUAAGUUGUCAAUCAAACAAUGCCAGUAAAGGGGAUUUGACUGAUCUCAUAUAAAAAAGUACAAUAAUGAAGAGAGUAUUGUUACAAAUUUCAGUGGUUUUGGUGUGUGCGAUUUUAGGAUGCAAUUCUCAGUUAAGAAAUGCCUGCAAAAUAAAUCAGUUCCGUUGUGACGACGGAUCAAAAUGUUUGCCCACGGAGAAGCUUUGCAAUGGCAAAAAGGACUGUCCUCAAGGGGAGGAUGAGCGAGGUAUAACAAGAAUCUCAUAUAGCUUAAUAUCUAAAAUUAAUCAUCUUAAAGCUAAGUAUACAGGAAACGAUCAGUGGGACUGCACAAAAAUAGUGUUAUCAUCCCCUUGCCAUCCGCAGAAUGAAUUCCGAUGCCGUUUUGGAGGUUGCAUCAAGAGAGAGCAAACCUGCGAUGGAACGCCAGAUUGUUGGGGUGCAACGGACGAAUCAACGGAUACUUGUGUCGGCCGGCCGACACAGAAACCUCCCCCACCACCACCACCACCACCACCACCAUCUCGUCGCCCACCACCAGAUUCACCCCCACCCGUGGCAACUCAACCAAAGGAGACCACUACGAGGCCACGACCUCAACAAACAAGACCUCGACCUCGACCACCGCCUCCUCAGCCAGUAGAAGAAUCUCCUCAAAGUCAGCCUCGACCUGCUCCAUCUCCCCCAAAAGGUGGAUGUUCACCAAUCACUGAAAAUAUUCAGGCCGGGUUUGACAUAUCGUGUCACAAUAAAUAUGGGAAACUGUUGGGUAAUUGUACUGCAGCAGUGCCCCAUGGUUCCACUGCGACUUACAAGUGCGCAAGAUAUUAUAGACUCGCUGGAGUUGGGAGUUCCACGACGGUGCGAAAAUGUCAAGAUAACGGCCAGUGGACAACGAGGCGUUCCAAUUUUGUGUGCAGUUUAGAAUGUGGUAUUGGAGGGUCAGACACGGCUGGGCUUGUGACUGGUGGGGUUUCCUCCAAGCGGGGUAAGUGGCCCUGGCAUGCAGCAUUAUUCCAUGAAGAUCCCCCAAAUUCGGGUAAAUGGGACUUGAAAUGUGGUGGCAGCCUUAUUACUCCACAAGCAAUUUUGACAGCUGCCCAUUGCACCACAAAAAAGUUCACAGAGAUGCCACUUCCAGUUCAUGAUAUACAAAUUGGACUAGGUCGCUUUCACCGCAGUUUCAACCGGCACGAUAAUGGUGAACAGACGAGAAGAGUGAGAUUCAUUGAAGUGCAUCCUGACUACAAUCAAAACACUUUGGAAUCCGAUAUUGCUCUAAUUUUUUUGGACACGCCGGCCAUCAUUGACGAUUACGUGAGACCCGUUUGCUUUCCGGACGAUGACAAAGUUCAAGAUGUUCAUCCUGGAAAUCCGGGUCAUUUAGUGGGCUGGGGACGAACCAGUGGGGGACGAUUCAAGGAUGAUUUACAAGAGGCAACGAUUCCCGUGGUCGAUUCUCAUACGUGUAAAGCAGCACAUCAGACGUUUGCUUCUUUAGUGCGAUCAACAAAUUUCUGCGCAGGGUAUAGAAACGGUACUUCAGCGUGUGAUGGGGACAGUGGUGGUGGUCUAGUCUUUCUGGAUUCAGACAGCAGGCGUCAUUUCAACGUACAAGGAAUUGUUAGCGCUGGUGUUGCUAAAAGCACUGGGGGCGGAGGUUGUGAAGACAAAUAUUACGCUGUAUUCACAAAGGUUGGAAAAUUUCAUAGAUGGAUUGAAUCAAAAUUGGAUACGCAUUACCAACGAUGAUUUAUCCCACGACUCAAAUACAAAAGAUUGUCAGUAUACUAUUCUUUCACGUAUUAUUAUGCAAUACUCUAAUUUUUGUGCCAUAUCACUUUUAUAAAGCUUGUAAUACAAGUUUGUUGUACAGAUAUA